AUGACAGCCUCUGCAUCGCCUCAGCAGCAGCCAGUUGCCGGCUUGAUGUCAGCAGCGCGUUUGAGCACCGAAGCCGACGAAUCAACGCGCAGCAGCCAAGCAUCUCAGUUGGUGGACGUGGUGGACGAGGAGCCCACCACUUCCGCUGGGACGGAAGAAAGAUCCAAGUGAGUGUGCAUGGUUUGUGCUUCGUGGAUUUGGCGUACCGUAGUAUCAGUCCGCGUGUGGUCUCGAAACGUGCAAUUGUGGGUUAGCCUUUACGCCAACCCAGGGUUCGUGUGGCUGUAUUUGUGUUUUUUUUUGCGCCACACUCUCCCGGUAGGUACAUUUAUCGUUACUUUAUUUAUUUUGCGUGCGGCCUUUUUUUUUUAGCCACACGUUCCCGGCACACAUGUUGUGAGUUGUUUUGUGUGCGUGUGGCUCAACACGUUCCUGGUAAACGAUUGCGUGCCCGUUCCGUCAUUUGUUUCGUUGUAUUAUUUUUAUGGCCAUACCUACGUCGGUAUUGUGCACAUUUUAUCGUUUAUGUUCCUGCAUGGCGUUAUGUGUCGUGGAAAUGCUGCCUCUUGUUUUGCAGCUGGCAUCCAU